CUGGUUCCUCUGACGAAUGAAACAGCAAAAAAACUGUGAUGCAGACGAGUUUAGAAACAGUGAACAGUCUUUCACAGGUCACUGAAGAGAGCGGCAGAGACAUCAUGUCCUUUCUGUCCUGCAUACCCCUCGUUGUCAUGGGCUCCAUCUCUGCCAUCCUUGCGCUGCCCCCCACUGAGCCACCACUGAUCAAAGACCACCCCUUCGUGGCCAUAUGGAACGCCCCCACCGAAAAGUGUCAACAACUCGACAUCCCACUGGACACCUCAGCUUUCCAGGCGGUGACCUCACCGGCCAUAGCGCCUGGUCAGUUCCUCACCAUCUUCUACGAGAACCGCCUCGGCCGCUACCCUAAAGUCGACACCAUCAAGCACAAGCUCUACAAUGGCGGAUUCCCCCAAAAAGGGAACCUGACUGAGCAUCUGGCCAAGGCUCGGCAGCAGAUCGAUUACUACAUCUCCCAGGAUUCUUCUCCUGGGCUGGCUGUCAUCGACUGGGAGUCCUGGCGCCCCUUAUGGGACCAGAACUUUGGACUGAAACGUAUUUAUCAGAAGUUGUCCAUCAAUCAUGCCAGGCAGAAGGCCCCGUUUUCAUCAUCAAGGGAGAUUUUCAAACUGGCAAAGAGCCAGUUCGAGCAGGCCGGACGGCUUUUCAUGGAGAAGACCAUCAGCCUUGGCAUUGGUGAGCGUCCGAGCCGCCGCUGGGGCUUCUACCUGUUCCCCGACUGCCGCAACUAUGGGUGGAACAAGUCUGACUACACGGGUAAAUGCUCCUCUAAGACCCAGAAGCAGAACAACCAGAUGAUGUGGCUGUGGGAGCACAGCACCGCCCUCUUUCCCUCCAUCUACCUUCACCUGAGCCUGAAGAACUCCCCUAAGGCUGUGCUCUACGUGCGACACCGUGUGGAGGAGGCGGUGAGGGUGGCCAUGCUGCCCAAACGUCCAUACACAAUUCCAAUCUACGUCUACUCCAGGCCACUGUACCGACAGCAGACCCGAAAGUACCUGAGCAAGAUGGACCUGGUCAGCACUAUAGGAGAGUCUGCCGCUCUGGGAGCUGCAGGGGUCGUAAUGUGGGGAGCAACCCAGGACUACAACAACAAGGUGGCCUGUCAGUCUCUAUCCGACUACCUGACCUCCACCUUCAACCCGUACAUCGCUAACGUGACGGCAGCCGCCACGCUUUGCAGCGAGGUCUUGUGCCAGGGGAAGGGCCGCUGCAUUAGGAGAAGCUACAACUCCAGUGACUACCUGCACCUGAACCCCGACAACUUCAGCAUCCUGCGUGCGAACAGGAAGUACGUUGCAGUCGGUCGCCCGUCCGCCGCCGACCUGAGCGUCUGGGCUCAGAACUUCACCUGUCAGUGCUACACUGGAGGGAAGUGUUCACCCAGACUGCAGCCUCCAACCACGAUUAAAAUCAUCUGGGUUUAAUCUGAUUACAUCUGAUUAACAGAUUACGGUAAUUCUUCAUUACUCUCGUAAAAUCUGCCAUCUGAAAUUUGAUAAAAAAUGAUGCCCUCAUCCAGAUUACAUCCACAAUGUGUUUCUUCCAAAUAAUUUAAUGUUUAAAAAUCGCAUGUUAAGCCGAUGUAUCGAUUUAUCGGAAGUGAAAAUUCUAAUAAAAGCUUUUCUGCAAACAGG